AUGUCUAAGACUAAACGAAGCAGGAAGGACGCGAACCGCGGCGCUCACCCAGGGGAUGCCUCCAACAACCUUUUUGAUACCGUUCGCCGCUCAGCUCCUGCUGUGUCAGUUCGUGCGCCUAAAUCGCGCCGAACCAAGUUCCGAAGUAAAAUUGCAGCCGAAAGCGCAAUUCCGCAGCCGUCACAUAGGAAGGCGCUGAAAUUAGAUUUGUUUAACCUCAACAAACCUCUCAACCUGACCCACAAGAAUGAACCAAUCGAAAAUCACUAUGAAGGCGACGUAUCCGAUAGUUCUGAGGAUGAUUUCCACUAUAAUGGCGACAUGGGCGGGCUGUCUAAAGCCUUGGAGGAGCACAAGCUCCGUAAGGCCCUUGAAAGACAGGAGAAGGACGCACAGCGCGACCUGUUAUCGCAGUUGGAUCUAGAAUACAAGAAUCUAAAUCUCGAGAAGUACGUGAAACAGCGUAGGGGCAUGCCACAAAUGCCAGCAUUACAGGAAAAAGUAGCAGUGCCGACGAAAGGUGAUCAAUUUGAUGCCAAUUUACGCCAGUUGAUGCUGGCUCCGCAGCAGUCUAAGGAUGGUGGCGAUUUAUUGGGCCGACUAUUUGAGGCCAAGGAUGCUAACGCCAUGUGCGAACUGAGCAAGGAAUUUGUGAGGCUUGGUAACGUAUCGCAUCAUACGGCGGAAAAGUGCAUAGUUGCUGUUGCACGGGCAUUGAGCGAACUUCUAGCAUCACCGUCUGGACAUUUAGAGUUCUGCGAAUGCUUCGAUACUCUGGCCGAAUUUUUGCACUAUUUGUCUCAACUCAACCCAAAGGAGUAUCACGCGUACUUCUCAACCUUUUUAAAAGGUGUAUAUGUGUCAUUCGAGAAGGAGGUAGAGCUCUCCUUGGAAGUUUUGAUCGUGCUGUAUUUCAUCAUAAAGCUAGCAAAGGUGGGGUCGGCGAUGUAUAGAGCAGUGCUGCUAGUUCUCGAAAGGGUUGCUGAUGAAUGUAACGUGAAAGAUGACCCGCACGAACGCGUGCGCCUUUUGAUUGCGAUGGCAUACUCAACGGCACUGGACAGCGGUCUGUAUAUGCCCUUCUUCUUCAGUCUUACCAUGAGGGCAUGCGUCGCGUGGAGUUCAUCCAGACCACAUCUGGUGGACCCGAUGCUCGAUAUGGUAAGAGUGGUCCUCAAGCUCCUCCACUCCAAGGAUUGUCAUGUCUAUCCUAUCUGCUUACACUUCAUAUCACCCAAUAUCACAGAGCUCAAGAUUCAAUCGCCCAAACUUGAGCGUUUAAAAGCAUUGGUAAAAGACUACUCCAACGUCGAAUUGCUGCCGUACGUGCUCGACACGGCCAGCGACGCGCGUCUAAUCUCGAUUCAGAAAAUUGAGCUUGAAGUGCCAAAAUAUGGCGCUGUAUCCGAUCCUUAUGCUGGUCGAGACUCGGGUGUGAAGCGCGAAAAGGCGUUGUACAGGUCUUUGAAGAAGGGCUUUGUACAGGCACACAACGCGGAGGCGAAGCUCCGGAGUCUGGAAUUGAGGAAACGACGAGCGCAAUCCCGCGAAAAGUACAGGAAUGUCGUUCGCGAUGCGAUGAUUGAGCAGGACGAGUUGCGCAAGGAAUUCACCAAACCGACCUGA